CUUUGCUGGCAGGUUUGUCUACACUCAUGGACGAAUCAUCGUUAUCAUUAUCCUCGUCUGAAUCGAAGUAAGCUUGAUCAUAAUACUCCUUCUUGCUUGCACUUGACUCUGAUUCGGCCGUGGUCAUGUCAGAGGUGAAAUGUUCUGCAAGUGAAGUCACAGAAUUGGUGUUGAAAGGCCAAGUGGGACCGGACUUUACUGAAUCUCGGUUCCCUCACUAGGAAUAUGGCCAAUACUGAAGAGCUCCAUUCAGCGUUCAAUAUGCUGCGGUCUGAUCUUUCAGCCGACGAAUUGCAUAAUCAGAUUGAAUCGCUCCUGAGCAAAGAAGAGCCGGAUAUCAUAAAAGAAAAGAUAGAAAAGCGAUUCCUCAUUCCCAAAACAACUUUUCCGACCGACUGGCUCAGUCAUUGCCAACAACAAUGGGAAGGAACGCCGAAUUUCAGGCAACAUGUCUAUAGCGAAUUAACUAAAGCGCGCACGGAAAUCGAGUUAGUUAGACAUGGCUUGGAUGGCCAUGUUUCCGGAUACCACGAGGUAGCAUUGGAUAGCAGCGAAUUGACUGCCAAAAAUUCCACCAGCAUGCAGCGCGACUUUGCUGGCUCCAAAGAUUUCGUUCGCGGAAGAGGCAAUAAUUUCCCAUUUGCUCCAGGCGGUAUCGAGGAAGCUUUAACAGAUGCCGUCAAUGCUCUCGCGGAGGGAAUGCUGGAAGAAAAGCAUUCGUUUUUGGAUUUUGAGAACGAUACACUUUUGUCUGUACCUCCCGGGUUAGAUCGAGGUUUAUUAUCGUCAAUUAAGCAAGAUGGCGAUAGGACGGAUCAACCCUCACAGCUCGAUUUCAAUUCGCUGAUGCAAUCCGAAGAUAUUGAGAUUGAACUGCUUGGUCAGCCCACAGAUGAAAACGAAUACACGAAGAAUCAGGCUACAGAAUCACCAGUCGAGGAAGUACCACCACCAUCAGAGGCUCAACCUACGGACAAUGAUAUUGACGAUUUGUUACCUAAGGAGAACCUGGUCGCAAAGGAGAGUGUAGCUCAAAGGUUAGCAAAGAAAGAGCAGGGAGACGCGAGCCACAAAAAGAGAGAAUGGGCACAUGAGAUCAAUGUCAACGAACCCUUCGACGAUUUUCACGAGCGCGUACCGGAAAUGGCCCAUGAGUUUCCAUUCGAGCUUGAUACUUUCCAGAAGCAUGCUGUUUAUCACUUGGAAAUGGGCGACAGUGUGUUUGUUGCAGCACAUACAUCUGCUGGUAAAACAGCCGUUGCCGAAUAUGCCAUUUCCUUAGCUGCUAAGCACAUGACCAAAGCUAUUUAUACCUCGCCUAUCAAAGCCUUGAGUAAUCAAAAGUUCAGAGAUUUCAAAAAAACAUAUGGUGACGACGUUGGUAUCUUGACAGGUGAUGUUCAGAUUAAACCAGAGGCUAGCUGCUUGAUCAUGACAACAGAGAUUCUACGAAGUAUGCUUUACCGUGGAGCUGAUCUUAUCCGUGAUGUUGAAUUCGUUAUCUUUGAUGAAGUCCAUUAUGUCAAUGAUCUAGAGCGUGGUGUGGUUUGGGAAGAAGUCAUCAUCAUGUUACCUGCCCAUGUCAACUUGAUUCUGCUCUCUGCCACUGUUCCUAAUACCAAGGAGUUUGCUGACUGGGUUGGUCGUACCAAGAAGAAGGACAUAUAUGUCAUUAGUACAUUGAAGAGACCUGUACCUUUGGAACAUAAUUUAUAUGCGAACAAGGAGUUAUUCAAAAUUGUGGCUGCAAACGAGAAGAAGCUUAGCACUGUCAAUUACAAAAAUGCAAGCGACGCACUAUCAAAACGGAAGGAUCCUAAGGAAGCCGCUGCUCAGCGAGGUGGCCGAGGCGGUCGAGGUGGCAUGGUAGUGAAGGCUCCGGCGCGAACUCCUGGACGUAGCUUCCAGAGUAUGCAACAAACAGAUCGUAACCUCUAUGUGCAUAUGAUUGGCCUCUUGUCAAAGAAAAAAUUGUUGCCUGUUGUUGUCUUCACGUUCUCCAAGAAGAAAUGCGAAGAGUAUGCAAGCGCUCUUUCAAACUUGGAUCUUACAUCUAGCACCGAAAAGAGCGAGAUUCAUGUCUUCAUCGAAAAGAGUUUAGCAAGAUUACGCGGCACAGAUAGGGAAUUACCGCAAGUCAUCCGAACGAGAGACCUUUUAUCUCGUGGUGUCGCUGUGCAUCACGGUGGUUUGCUACCUAUCAUCAAAGAGAUUGUGGAAAUUCUAUUCGCUAGAGGCUUGGUUAAAGUGCUAUUCGCAACGGAAACUUUUGCGAUGGGUGUCAACAUGCCUGCUCGUAGUGUUGUUUUCUCAGGUAUAAGGAAACACGAUGGAAGAUCUUUCCGUGAUUUACUUCCAGGUGAAUACACACAAAUGUCUGGAAGAGCGGGACGACGUGGUUUGGAUGAUACUGGCGUUGUGAUCAUCGCAUGCGGAGGAGAAGAGCCGCCAGACACCACCACAUUAUCUACAAUGAUUCUCGGGAAACCCACUAAGCUACAAUCACAAUUCCGCCUGACGUAUAAUAUGAUUUUAAACUUGUUACGUGUGGAAGCUUUGAAAGUAGAGGAAAUGAUCAAGCGCAGUUUUUCAGAGAAUAGCUCGCAAAAGCUAUUGCCAGAUACCAAAAAGCUGGUCGAUGAGAGUGAAAAGAACUUGAGCAACUUGCAACAACUCGACUGCAUGAUCUGCUCUGAAGAUAUUCAAAAGUACUAUGACUUGUCCAACGAAGUACUCUUCCAUAAUCGCAAUAUUCUUGCACGAAUUGCCUCGCAUCCAGUGGGCCAUAGGGCUUUGGUUCCAGGUCGUGCUAUUAUCAUCAACAAUGCAAUUUACAGAAAUGCUGCAGCUGUCAUUUUGCAACCAGUAUCAAGUACAGCCGCUGGCGCAUCGGUCUCAGCGCACAACGAUCGCGUAUUCUAUUGUUUCAUACUUGUCAAUGCAAAGCAUAUGGGAGCUGAUGGCUCUGCAGAGCGUAGCCCUCUUCCUGUCACUGAUGUUGAUGUGCCAAAUGAGAGCAACUGCCGAGCUGAAGUUGCCAUUGUCCCUCUCUCUGAUGUAGCUUUUGUAACAAAGACAACAUUGAAGAUAAAUGUCGACAGCUUGAUGAACUCUAGUGAUAAACUUGAAACAAUCAAAACCACAAAAGAACUUCUUGCCUUUGCAAGUGAAUCGAAGAGAUCAUCGAUUGCCGAGUACGACUGGAGCAAAAUCAAGGAUAUUGAGUUCCAAGAAAGUCUUCGUGCCAAGACCUCAUCACUAGAAAAGAUGAAGGCAGACUUCCAAUGCACUCGUUGUCCUGAUUUAGAAGAGCAUUACGCCUUGGUGUAUGCUCAUAGAAGAUUACAAGCACAGAUCGAUAAUCUCAAGAUGACAAUAUCUGACCAAAAUUUGGAGCUACUUCCUGAUUAUCAGCAACGAGUUGAAGUCCUCAAAACCAUGUCUUACAUUGACAGCAAUGGCACUGUCCAGCUUAAAGGACGAGUGGCUUGCGAAAUCAACACAGCAGAUGAACUGGUGCUUACAGAACUCAUUCUUGAUAACGUAUUUGCAGAAUAUGAGCCUGCUGAAAUUGUAGCAUUGUUGUCCAGCUUCGUGUUCCAAGAGAAGAACUCGAGUGAGCCAACGUUGACGCUUAGAUUACAAAAGGGUAAAGAUGUCAUCAUCAAAUUUGCCGAACAAAUUGCAGAAAAGCAACUCGCUUGCGGUGUUGAGAUAUCCAAGGAAGAUUAUGUCAAUGGCUUCAAGUUUGGAAUGGUUGAAGUUGUCUAUGAAUGGGCUAGAGGCAUGCCAUUCAAAAAUAUCACUGACCUGACGGAUGUACUGGAGGGAUCUAUCGUUCGCUGUAUUGUGCGUUUGGAUGAAACCUGCAGAGAAGUCAAAGGUGCAGCUAGAAUGAUUGGUGAUCCAUUAUUAUACAAGAAAAUGGAAGAAGCAGAGCUUUUGAUCAAGAGAGAUAUUGUAUUCGCAGCCAGUUUGUACUUUUAAAAGAUCGGCUAUGAUUCCGUUGUACUAGAUUUUGCCUCUGAAAGUUUAAUGGACUUGCGUCCGAGGUAGAUAUAGACGCUACGAUACUGUAUAAUAAAUUUUUCACAAAAGAAAAGCUCUAUCAAUCAACAAGAAAAGUAUGAAAUUGGGUAUUUUUUUUUUAUGAUUGUCAAAGUGAAGAUAAGACUCGCUAUCAUCUCUUUGGCUAAUUACUCUUUUAUAUACCAUAUUGGACG